UUCUAGGGCAGGGUGACCAGCAAGAUCUCAGGGAGUCCAGGGCGUUGCGACUCCUCGUGUUUGGGUGUGGAGUGUGCCCAUGAAUCGUGUUUUGGACUGUUAGGGCGUAUCUGAGGGAUACAGAUAUGGGGGAUGGGGGGGCUGAAUCGGUGAAGGAUCUCAGGGGCCGUAUUUCAGGGUGUUGAGCAAAGCGGCCCGUGUCAGAGCCAGUAACCAUGGGGAUGUCUGGUGCUGGGGGUGCAGAUGCCUCAGUGAGUCCUGGGCUGUGAGGAUGGCUGACUCCCAGCUCUGAGGAAUGUGGCUGGCUGGGGACAGGCUGAGCCGGCGCUGGUCUCGGGGUGUCGGGGAUGUGACAGUGUGUCUUUGGGUGUGAGGCCGUCCCUACUUCUCAGGCAGGAGGUGAGGCUGCGGCUGUGUGUCCACGGUGUGUCCCAGGUGUCCCUCCCCACAUCCCGGGGCGGGAUCUAGGAGAUCCUGGUCCCUGGGCCUCGUCCCCCUCCCCUCCGGGGACAUGACUCCCUGCCGCCCCGGCCUGGGCUCUAAGCCCCUGUGUAAAUAGUGGGCGGAUCUCCUGGCCUGGCUGGGCCGGACCCAAGCCAGUCCACCCAAGGCACUGCCCACCACCACCCACCCAGCAUCCAGGAAGACUGGCAGGGCAGAGGAGUGCUGCUGCCCCACGAGGGCUGGCCCCCCAAUCCGGCACCCCCCAUCGGCGUAGCGGCACCCCUGCAGCCGCCCCGGCCGGCCCCUGGUGACGCUCACAUUUUCCAGUGUUUAGAUUUUAUCCGCUUUAUUAAUGAGGCAGGCGAGAGGCCCAAGCCUGGGGGAAGGGGGGUGAUCCUGCCCUGCCAAGGGGAGGGGGUCACGGGGGCGCCCCUGCCCCAUAAGGGGAGUUGGGGCCCAGAGUGGCCCAUACCCAUUGCCAGGAGUGCAGAGAGGGGGUCUCUGCCCCCCCCAGGCCCCUCAGCGGGCUGGUGCUGGGUGGAGCAGCCCCUGGAGGCCUGAGUGGGCAGCCAGAGGAGGCAGGGAGCCGAGCGAGGAGCCGCCCCUGUGGGAAGGGAGGGAGGGAGCGGCCUGCCGAGAGCUGGAGCGCAGCGGGCAGCCGGCACUGAGAGGCAGGCGAUGGGGACCUGGCGUUCCCAGCGCCACCAGCCCCGCCCCCGGCACCUGACAUGAACCCCUCCGGGCCCCUCAACCUGAGCCUGGCGGGCGAGGCGGCGACCACGUGCACCGCACCCGCGGCCCCCAACGCAUCCAGCGGGCCGCCGGGCCCCGGGGGCGCGUCACCGGCGCUGCCCAUCUUCUCCAUGACGCUGGGCGCCGCGUCCAACGUGCUGGCGCUGGCGCUGCUGGCGCAGGCCCUGGGCCGCCUGCGGCGCCGCCGCUCGGCCGCCACCUUCCUGCUGUUCGUCGCCAGCCUGCUGGCCACCGACCUGGCGGGCCACGUGAUCCCGGGCGCGCUGGUGCUGCGCCUGUACGCCGCGGGGCGGCCGCCGGCCGGCGGCGCCUGCCACUUCCUGGGCGGCUGCAUGGUGUUCUUCGGGCUGUGCCCGCUGCUGCUGGGCUGCGGCAUGGCGGUGGAGCGCUGCGUGGGGGUGACGCGGCCGCUGCUGCACGCGGCGCACGUGUCGGUGGCCCGCGCGCGCCUGGCGCUGGCCGCGCUGGCCGCCGUGGCGCUGGCCGUGGCGCUGCUGCCCGCGGCGCGCGUGGGCCGCUACGAGCCGCAGUACCCGGGCACCUGGUGCUUCAUCGGCCUGCGCCCCGCGGGCGGCUGGGGCCAGGCGCUGCUCGCCGGCCUCUUCGCCGGCCUCGGCCUGGCCGCGCUGCUCGCCGCGCUCGCCUGCAACACGCUCAGCGGCCUGGCCCUGCUGCGCGCCCGCUGGCGGCGCCGAGCGCGCCCCCCGCCGGCCCCGGGCCCCGACAGCCGCCGGCGGUGGAGCAGGCGCGGCCUGCGCUCGGCCUCCGCCUCCUCCGCCUCCUCCGUCGCUUCUUCGGCCUCCUCCAAAGCCACCCGCGGCGUCCUGGGCCGCGGCUCCUCGCGCAGGGCCCGCGCCCACGACGUGGAGAUGGUGGGCCAGCUCGUGGGCAUCAUGGUGGUGUCGUGCAUCUGCUGGAGCCCGCUGCUGGUGCUGGUGGCGCUGGCCGUGGCGGGCUGGGGCUCCGGCUCCCUGCAGAGGCCGCUGUUCAUGGCCGUGCGCCUCGCCUCGUGGAACCAGAUCCUGGACCCCUGGGUGUACAUCCUGCUGCGCCAGGCCGUGCUGCGCCAGCUGCUGCGCCUGCUGCCCGGGCGGCCUGGCCAGGCCAAGGGCGGCCCCGCGCUGGGCCUGACCAGGAGCACCUGGGAGGCCAGCUCGCUGCGCAGCUCCCGGCACAGCGGCCUCAGCCACUUCUAGGCACACCCGGAGGCGGAGGCCCGGCCGCUGAGCCAGACCACUCCGUGCCGGGCAAGGCCCGCGGCGCGGAGCCUUCGAGGAAUAAAAAAGCCAUUUUGCGGACCAGCCC